CUGAGCAGCUUGCAUCUCCCGAUGAUAUCGUGGAGCUUCAGCCAACCACUGACGAAAUCAUUCAUAUUUGUCCUCGGUUCCGAAUUCUGGUGAUCGGAAAGACAGGCGUCGGAAAAUCGUCUCUAAUAAAUCAUGCAUUCGGAGUGGAAAACGCGUUCGCUUCGCAUAUCAAGCCGGGUGAGGCUGACAUCGACCACGAGUUCACUUCGCCUCAGAACGACAGGUUUGUUCUCCACGAUAGCAAAGGGUUCGAACCUGGCGAAGAAGUCAACGUCAACGUAGUCCGACGUUUCAUUGAACGUCGGAGAACCAUGCCUGAUCUGAAAGACCAGCUGCAUGCUGUAUGGCUUUGUUUCGAAAUACCCCGCGCAGGCGGGCCAUUCCUAAAAUUGAAGCUCGAAGGAGAGCUAGGAAACAUUCCCGUCGUUCUCAUCGUUCGUAUGGAGCGCACUCUAGAUAGAUCAUCUGUCAAGGGGUUGAUCCAGGACGACAUCAAGAAACUCAGCAAGACCAAAGCAGAAACUGAACUACAGGAUACCUGCACCCUACCCCUACAGGAAUUCGCAGGGCAUCAUAUGCCUAAUAUACCCCAUGCUGCAAUCUCAACCAACGAAGACCAUAGGGAAACACUGGCCAGUCUGAUCCGAAUGACUGAAAACCAUGUCCAUCGGCAUCUUGCACCCGAGGCGUCGGUGAUGACUUCCAUCGCUCAGCGAGUGAAUCCUCAAUUGAAAAUCCAUGCCUCCAUCGAAAGGUAUUGGAAAGCGCUUUCAUCAUGCACAGCAUUCAAGAACCGUACAGCAUGGGACUGUCUACAAGUGCUUCACACCGAUAUCAUUGCUGUGUGGAACUUCCAUGACCCUGAUCAUCUCUUGGACAGCCCAGAGUUCAAGACAAUUAUGGUAAAUAUGAUCGAUAAGCUAGAUGUUGGACCUACGGUCGAUCCCAAGAAGAAUAUGGCUGUUGGGCUAUCUAUGGUGGGUACACUGGCAGGCAUCAUGGCUGCCCUCGCCGGACCUGCGGCUCCGAUCGUGGUGCCGAUCGCGGCAGGUGUCGUCUUCGCCGUAUGGGUUCGCGACGUGUACCGAGUGUCUCGCGUGGUGCUACAGCGCUUUAUUUCAUACAUUGUCGACUUGACUCUCGUAUUGCAAACACUUUACCUUGUGUCGGGAGGCGAGGCACUCUCUCGCAGGGUCAUCAAGCUCGCGGUGAAGGCCUAUCACGACUCGCCGAUCAGUGGACGAGUUCAUACUGGAAUUCAGCAAUAUGAUCGGGAAUUGUCAUUCCUCGAUCGCAGGGAUCGCAAUGCCCUGGAUAAAAUCAUCGAGCUCGUACAAUAUUAUAGCAUUGACGCCGUGACAAUUUCCGAUCUUCGGAAAAAGAUUCCUGCUGUCAGUUCAUUACCGGAUGAACUAUGGGAAGUUGAAAAGGCCUAGUAUUCGAUUCUUUCGUUGGUGUCAUUUGCAGAGCGUGAGUACAUGAUUGCAUGAUUUGUUGUAAUUUUUAUGACUGGAAUUCUGGCUGUAUUACUACAGUAGUGCGCUACAAUAUACUGUCCUCGUCUUCUAUCGACAUUACGUUCUUCAACUUACU